GUUCUUAUUCCAUCAUGACGUCAGCGAAUUGAAGAAUGCCAUGAGUUGAGAAAAGUCGACCCAAUGUUUUAUUUUCAGUGAUACAUCAGAAUGAAACCGUAUGAGAAAGAGUUCCAUACUUUCACCACCUUUGGGAGUUUAGCACAUCCAGCCAUGAAACAGCAGCCGACUGGCCUGCGUCCAGUGGAUCUGCCAGCCGGGCCUUACGGUGUUCCAGACAUCAUGCUCCAUGGGUUGAAUCAUGCCAAAAAAAACAGAAUAGUUGCACACCCACUGCAAUACUCCGAGGAACAUUAUGAGAAGAACAAGCACCAGCUGGAUGAGGUGAUGCUGCGGAACUUGCAGGGAAUCCACGCACCGCUCCGCUUACAGAUGGAGAGAAACAUCGCCUCCAAGUUCCAGCGGCUGCCUGGUCUAACCAGCUCUAAUGUACUAUACGACACACUGACUGGUAAAGACGAAACUAUCGAUUUUGAAGAUAUUUUCAAUGAUCCUGCAAACUGUGAAAAGAUUGGACAACCUCACGUGUUGAUGGAGAAACGACUAAACAUUUUAUGACAUUCAUAAAUUCAUAUGUGUAUAUUCUUUUUGUUAACACAUUGUGCAAACAUGUAGAACCUUUGUGGUGAAAAAUAAAACUGAACUCAU